AUCUGAGAUGGCAGAAAUUUCUCCAGAAGGACAAGGCAGAGUGUGAAGAAAUUACAACCAGUCAAAAAGCACAAAAGCAGAGUCAGUAACUCUGUAGUUCAGAUCCCAUAUAAGCCAGGGGAUACCCUGCAUAGCUGCAGAGCCUCUUCCAUCUUCCACAAGAUGAACAUCAUCACUUCGUCGCAGAUCCAAGUGUCCUUCUCUUCAGCUCUUAGGUUGGUCACGUGGCCUUAGCUUGCGACCAACUUGGGUGCCCUGCGCUGCUCUGUUUUAGGCAGCUGGAAGAACAGAGACAAGAUGGGCUGGUAGCAGUUAGCAAGUAUAUAUACUUAAUUUGUAUGUUAUAGCAUUUUCUUUGUGGGUUUUUGUGAAUAAUGGCUGGGAAUCUGCCCGGGGUGGAGUGUGCUCGGAGGAGGCGGAGCGGGGGGUGGUCGGAUUCUCCGGCGGCGGUGGCGACACGGCGGUCUUCCUUUUGUCUCUAUGCAAGCAAACAUGAAACCAGCCACCUCACUUCCUCAUCUACCUCUUCUCCGAGGAGUGCAUUGUACCAGGCAUACCAGGACGAGAAGCUAGGAGGAGUGGCUAGGGAGGCCAAGGAGAGAUUAGAUGAGAGGCUGAGGACAGGGAGGAAAUCAGAAACCAGCAGCAGUAGCAGAAGGCAAAUUUGCAGACCGGAGAAGUCGAGGGAAGCGGGCGGGGACGGCAGCGGAAGGGUAAUGGGUGAGCUGCAGCAGUUGCAGACGGGGGUUUACGGGCAGAAGAAGAGUGGAGGUGGCAGUGGAGGAUCGAAGAGGUUCAGCUGGGCAAAGCUGGGGUGGAAGGCGGCGGAGCAGGAGGAGUGCGCCGUCUGCCUAGAAAGGUUCAGGCCAGGCGACACCCUGGUGCACCCGCCCUGCGCCCACCGCUUCCACUGCAAGUGUCUGGCGCCAUGGCUGGAGACCAACUCCCACUGCCCUUGUUGCAGAAUGGAGAUUCUCCUGCAGACCAUCAAAUGAGAACCCACUCUCUCCCCCCCCCACUGCCUGCUUAAUUAAAUUUCUUCUUCUUUCGUGUUUUUGUUUUUUGUGUUUUACAUGAUUUCUGUGUACGAGCAUGGAUACCAGCCGCUUGGUUGUUUUAAUAAGAGGUAGUAGUUAAUUUGUGUGCA